CGGGCUGUAGAGAUGAAUGAACAUGAAGAUGAAGGUAAGCCAGGUAUUUUGAGUAAAAUAAUAAUAAUUAUAGGAGAAGAACAGUACUCCAAGUUGUGCUUGCGGAGGAGGAAUUACUUCCAUUACGAAUCAAUGCAAUCCUUCAGUCGUCGACUGUGCAUGGUUGCAAAUGAAGCCUAAGUGGACUACGUCACUAGAAUAGAAUCCCUGACCUGAUACUGACAUGUAUCCACCCCCUGCCAAAUCAUGGCAGCAUAUACCAGCAUCCCUGCCCGAUGAUACUGAGAAGGAGUCCUGAUACUGACAUGUAUCUACCCCCUGCCAAAUCAUGGCAGAAUAUCCCAGCAUCCCUGCCUGAUGAUACUGAGAAGGAGUCCUGAUAUUGACAUGUAUCAACCCCCUAUUAUCGAAAAAUGUAUCAACCCCCUGCCAAAUUAUGGCAGCAUAUCCCAGCAUCCCUGCCUGAUCAUACUGAGAAGGAGUCAACAAGGUGCCUAUUACAUAUGGCAGCAUUCUCCUUUUGUUGGCAUAUGACAGCAGAAGUGUGGAAGUUGGCCAUCUCUGCCAAUGACCAGAUAUUUCUGCAGGACCUUUAUAAAUCUUUUUUUAUCAUAUAUUGCUAUGUUGUGUUUGCUUUCACACUUCAUACUUACACUGCGGAUGCUGAUUUUUACUCCUGGAAGUUUUAUGAAAGGACGAGAAGGGUUUUCAAGUACAAGAUAAGAGACCCUACAAUGAAGGCAGAACAAGAGCUAACAGUUGAAUCUUUGAUGAGCCCGUUUCAUGGUUCUGCUUGUUUGCAAGCCACAAUUUUCUUGUGUGUGCUUGCAAUUCUUUCAUCAGAUGUUCAAGCUCGACAUGAUAUUACAGAUAGUGAUAGGUACACCUGCCGUCCUUUCUCGUGUGGCCAUCUCCAAAGCGUCCAAUACCCUUUCCGCCUGCGAGGCGAUCCAACUUGGUGUGGUUCUCCGUCGUACGAGCUGUCUUGCACUGAUAGCAAGGCUACAAUUCAGAUCAACACAGGGACAUACUUUGUUACCGAGAUCAACUACAAGUAUUCUUACUUCUGGGUCGUGGACGCGAACCUGGACAUGAGCAGCAGUUGCCCUCUUCCUCGCUUGGAUCAGCGUCCUUAUCUAUAUGGCCUCCAGAGGUCAGACGGCCUCAUCGAACUGAAUCCUCGACAUGAUAUUACUUGGGCUACCUUUGUGAAUUGUUCACGGGCGAUCACAAACAGUCGUGACUACACACUGGUUUCUUGCCUAAGCACGAGGUCUUCUUUUGUCUAUGUGUUGAUGGACUCUUUUUCUGUUGGAAACCUUAAGCCUUCUUGUGGGUACUUGGCUAUGGCUGCUUUGGAGGAUUGGAGCAUGCAAUACAAUACUGCAAAUCAUGGAAUUCUGGUAGAAUCCCUAAGGAGAGGAUUUCCUGUCAUGUUUCCUGCAGACUAUAAAAAGUGGUUGUGGAGCGUCAAAGGCUGCCUAAAGAGAUAUAUUGUCCCACUCCCUGGAAAUUCAAAGGCUGUUCUUGCAUUGCACUGGAUUACGACCAUAUUCAUGGUUGAUUAUGAAAUCUUGUCCUGCUCAUUAGGAGUAGGUAAUAUUCCUUUGGAUGGAUACCUCAGCACACUACGCUUUACAGCAGCAUUCUCCACGACAAUAUUGAAGUUGAUUGCUGUACUAUGCAGGAUCGUUGUUGCACCCCUCGUGGUAUUGUUCUUCCUUGCCCACAAGUACUGGAAAACAAGGAUCAUAAUUGAUGCAGUCGAGAAGUUUCUCCUGAUGCAGCAAAUGAUCGGCCCGAGAAGGUAUGCCUACACAGAUAUUGUUGCGGUCACACGAAAUUUCAGAGAUAAGCUGGGUCAGGGUGGCUACGGCUCUGUUUUCAAGGGUUUUCUCCCAGGCGAUGUCUAUGUGGCCGUCAAGAUGCUAGACGGUAAAUCGAGCUGCGAUGGAGAAGAUUUCAUCAGUGAAGUCUCCACCAUUGGCAGGAUCCACCAUGUCAAUGUGGUUCGUUUGGUCGGGUUUUGCUCGGAGGAAAUGAGGAGGGCGCUUGUCUAUGAGUACAUGCCCCAUGGUUCUCUUGACAAGUACAUAUUCUCGUCCGAGAAGAGUUUCUCCUGGGACAAGCUCAAUGAGAUUGCCUUGGGCAUUGCUAGGGGAAUCAACUACCUGCACCAAGGUUGUGACAUGCAGAUUCUGCACUUUGACAUUAAGCCGCACAACAUCCUUCUUGACAGCAAUUUUGUCCCAAAAGUUGCUGAUUUCGGCCUCGCUAAGCUAUACCCAAGGGACAGCAGUUUUGUGCCGUUGAGUGCCCUAAGGGGAACCAUCGGGUACAUAGCUCCUGAGAUGGUAUCCCGGAGCUUUGGUGUCAUAUCCUGCAAGUCUGAUGUUUACAGCUUUGGGAUGUUGUUGCUGGAAAUGGCCGGAGGACGAAGGAAUGCCGACCCGGAUGCAACGAACUCAAGUCAGGCAUUUUACCCAUCGUGGGUGUAUGACCGGCUGACUAAACAGGAGAUGGGUGAGAUAUCUGCUGAGAUGCAUGAGCUGGAGAGGAAGCUGUGUCUUGUUGGACUAUGUUGCAUCCAGAUGAAGUCUCAUGAUCGCCCGGCGAUGAGCGAGGUGAUAGAGAUGCUCGAAGGCGGCACUGAUGACCUGCAGGUGCCUUCCAGGCCAUUCUUCUAUGACGAUGGGCAGACCGCUGUAGUGGAGUCUUACCAUUUCAGCUCUGAGCUGACAGCCAUUUCAGAGGAGGACGAGUGAAAUUUGGUCUAUGUUCGAUGUAAUGUAUUAUUACGAGGUGGUGAACAUGUCUUGUGUAGAACUACAGUAAUGUUCAUAUAUACCAUUGUUCUUGGGAAUGUAUCCUGAACCUAAACAUAUCAUGUGCUCCAAGACUAGAAUUUUAAGAUGUAUGGAUUAUGAAAUUUCAGUUUU